UUUAACCUAGCAGCAACAGUAGUAACAGUGAAUUGAAGAAAUUUCCUCUCUUUGGAAGCGAAAUCUGCAGAUGCAAUCACCACCGUUCAGCUCGGCCAUGGAUUAUCAGCAGAAGCAAUCACCACCGUUCAACGAGUCUUCCGAUUCAAAGGUUAGCCGGAAGUAUAUUCACAAUGAUCUUACUUUCUAUGUUCUUUCAAAACUGCCCAUAAAAUCAUUGAAACGCUUUGGAUGCGUACGCAAAUCAUGGUCCAGUUUAUUUGAUGACUCUCAUUUCAUGACAGUGUUUCGCAACCAUUUGAUAUCUCAUAACAAUUGUGAUGAUCAUCAGCAUACAUUUCUCCUCAUAUAUCAACCUGACUGUGAUGAUCAUUACCAUCCUGAAUUGCAUUUGCUCGAUAGUAGAAUCAAAUUAAAUUUACCACCUCCGUUUUCAGAACAUGACCAUUCUCUUAGUAUUUUGGGCAAAACAAGUGUUAACGGUAUUUUUUGUAUUGGACAAGAUUUAAUAGGGGGAAAUAAGGUGAGAUAUGUAUUGUGGAACCCAGCAACAGAGGAAUUCGUCAAUAUUCCUCCAAGCCCCAAUGAGGUUAUGUCAAAACACCCUCUCCUUAGUGUAUUUCAUAAAUUUCAUGGAUUUGGUUAUGACCAACUAAGAGAUGACUAUAAGGUGAUUCAGUAUGUAUCAUUUGAUAGCUCAAGUUGUGUUGGCUAUGACCUUGAUUCUCCUCCACCUCAAGGUAACGCAUUUCAUGGUGACGAAUUGUAUACGGAUGGUGCAUGUCAUUGGUUGGUUAAGGGUAAAAUACAUGAUACAAUAGCUCUCAUGUCAUUUGACCUCAGUCAUGAGGUGUUCUUAACAACACCCAUUGAUGAAAGAUCUGAGUUGGAUUAUGGACCUGAGUUGGAUUAUGGACAAUUGGCGGUGUUAAAUGGAUCAAUUGCUUUAAUCAUAAAUCAUGACAACAAUAAUAUUUUUCACAUAUCUAUUCUGGGUGAACUCGGUGUGAAAGAAUCAUGGAUCAAACUAUUUAUUUUUGGCCCCGUGCCUUCUAUUGACUGGUCCCUAAUUGGAUUUGGGAACAAGGGAUACAUUUUCUUUAGAAAAAAAGAUGAUGAGCUAGCCUAUGUUGAUUUAAGCACCCAAAUAAUUGAGGAGCUUGGUGUUAAAGGGGAGGAUUGUUGCUGUAAGAUUGGAGUUUAUAAGGAAAGCCUUCUCUCGAUUCGAGGAUCAAGUAACUAGUUUUUUUUUCUUAUUGUUUUCACCUGGAGGUAUAUUGGCUAUGGUUAGUAGGAUUUUUACCUUGUAUUUGAUAAUUUAACAAGACAUUUGGUGAUAUGGAUCUUGUUUCUUUUCUAUUUCAUUUGUAAGGAUGAUAUGUUUUCUUUAAUGAAUGUGUUCCAAUUUUACUUAUUA